AUGGAGGUGGGGCUUUGUGUACUGGUGGUGCUUGGUGUGGUGGUGGAACUGGUGUGUGGCAUGGAGGUGGUGCCUGGUGUGGGGGUGGUGGUGGAUGAUGUGGAUGGUGGUGGUGGCGUGGUGGUGGUGGUUGGUGAGGUGGGCAAUGGUGUGGUGGUGGUGCUUGAUGUGGUGGGCAAUGGUGUGGUGGAGGUGGUGCUUGGUGUGGGGGCGGUGGUUGGUGUGCAGGUGGAGGUGGUGGUUGGUGUGGUGGGCAAUGGUGUGGUGGUGGUGGGUGUGGUGGUGGUUGGUGUGGAGGUGAAGGUGGUGGUUGGUGUGGUGGGCAAUGGUGUGGAGGUGGAGGUGGGGCUUUGUGUGGUGGUAGCGCUGAAUGAUAUAGGUGGUGUGGUGGUGGCGAUGAAUGACGUGGGGGGUGUGGAUGGUAGUGGUGGGGCGGUGGUGGGACUUGGUGGGGUGGUGGCAAUGAAUGAUGUAGGUGGUGUAGUGGUGGUGUUUGGUGUGGUGGUGGCGAUGGAUGACGUGGGGGGUGUGGAUGGUGGUGAUGGUGCGGUGGUGGGGCUUGGUGGGGUGGGGAAUGGUGUGGUGGUGGUGUUUGGUGUGAUGGUGGGGAUGAAUGAUGUAGGUGGUGUGGUGGUGGUGCUUGGUGUGGUGGUGGCGAUGAAUGACGUGGGGCAUUGUGUGGUGGUGGUGCUUGGUGUGGUGGUGGUGAAUGACGUGGGUGGUGUCGAUGGUGGUGGUGGUGUGGUGGUGGGGCUUGGUGGUGUGGGGAAUGGUGUGGUGGAGGUGGUGCUCGACGGAAUUGUGGUUGUGCUAUGUGUGGUGGUGGUGCUUGGUGUGGUGGUGGCGAGUGACGUGGGUGGUGUCGAUGGUGGUGGUGGUGUGGUGGUGGUGCUUGGUGGGGUGGGGAAUGGUGUGGUGGUUGUGGUUGGUGUGGUGGUUGGUGUAGUGGAUACCCUUUAUCAUUAUCACUUUGAGAUGGAAUGA